CGUGCCCCCGCCGAGGCCGCCUUCCUUUCCCCGCGAGCCCAGGGUUUCGGCCCGGGCACCGGCCACUCCACUGGUCUGGGCCGGCGAGGUGGGGAAAGGAGAGGGCUCCGUCUAAGACCUUAUUACCACCGUCCCGGGGUCUGACCUGUGGCACCUUCUCCCGCAGCCCGCACGCCUCGUCUCGGGAUGAGUGAUUUCCUAACACGACCAUUUUUGACUCUCCAAGAAAGGCUACUAUGGCGUUCCCUCACCUACAACAGCCCAGCUCUGUACUGGCCGACUCUAUAAAUAAGCCCUUUGCACAGAGGUGCCAAGACUUGGUAAAAGUCAUUGAAGAUUUUCCAGCAAAGGAGCUGCACAGCAUCUUCCCAUUGCUGGUAGAGAGCAUCUUCGGCAGUUUGGAUGGUGUCCUCGUUGGCUGGAACCUCCGAUGCCUGCAGGGCCGUGUGAACCCUGUGGAAUACGGCAUUGUAAUGGAAUUUCUAGAUCCUGGUGGCCCAAUGAUGAAGUUGGUUUAUAAACUUCAAGCUGAAGACUAUAAGUUUGACUUUCCUGUCUCCUACUUACCUGGCCCUGUGAAGGCAUCCAUCCAGGAGCGCAUCCUCCCUGACAGCCCUCUGUACCACAACAAGGUUCAGUUUCCCCCCAGCGGGGGCCUUGGCCUGCACUUGGCCCUCAAUCCGUUUGAGUAUUACAUAUUCUUCUUUGCCUUGAGCCUCAUCACUCAGAAGCCACUCCCCGUGUCCCUCCGUGUCCGUACUUCAGACUGUGCCUAUUUCACCCUGGUGGACAGGUACCUGUCAUGGUUCCUGCCCACUGAAGGCAGCGUGCCCCCUCCACUUUCCUCCAGUCCUGGUGGAACCAGCCCGUCACCAGCUCCCAGGACUCCGGCCAUGCCCUUUGCCUCCUAUGGCCUCCACCACACCAGCCUCCUGAAGCGACAUAUCUCUCAUCAGACAUCUGUGAAUGCAGACCCUACCUCCCAGGAGAUCUGGAGGUCAGAAACUCUUCUCCAGGUUUUUGUUGAAAUGUGGCUUCACCAUUAUUCUUUGGAGAUGUACCAGAAAAUGCAGUCCCCUCAUGCCAAGCUGGAGGUUCUGCACUACCGACUCAGUGUCUCCAGCGCCCUCCACAGCCCUGCCCAACCCAGCCUCCAGGCCCUCCACGCCUAUCAAGAGUCGUUCACACCCUCUGAGGAGCACGUGUUAGUAGUCCGCUUGUUGCUGAAGCACCUGCAUGCCUUUGCCAACAGCCUAAAGCCUGAGCAGGUCUCGCCCUCCGCCCACUCCCACGCCACCAGCCCCUUGGAGGAGUUUAAACGGGUCGCUGUCCCGAGAUUCGUCCAGCAGAAGCUCUACCUCUUCCUGCAGCACUGCUUUGGCCACUGGCCUUUGGAUGCAUCCUUCAGAGCGGUCCUGGAAAUGUGGUUGAGCUACCUGCAGCCAUGGAGGUACGCAUCUGAGAAGCAGGCGCAGAGCAACGACUCCCAGUCCCGAUGUGUGUUAGAGAAAUGGGCACCCUUCGUCCAGGAGAACCUGCUGGUGUACACCAAGCUCUUCGUGGGCUUCCUGAACCGUGCGCUCCGCACAGACCUGGUCAGCCCCAAAAACGCGCUCAUGGUGUUCCGAGUGGCCAAAGUAUUUGCCCAGCCCAACCUGGCUGAAAUGAUCCAAAAAGGUGAGCAGCUGUUCCUGGAGCCAGAACUCGUCAUCCCCCAUCGCCAGCACCGGCUCUUCACAACUCCUACUGUCACUGGCAGCUUCUUGUCACCAUGGCCACCAGCUGUUACUGAUGCCUCAUUUAAGGUGAAAAGCCAUGUCUACAGCCUGGAGGGCCAGGACUGCAAGUACACCCCGAUGUUCGGGCCUGAGGUCCGGACCCUGGUGUUACGCCUGGCUCAGCUCAUCACACAAGCCAAGCAGACAGCCAGGUCCAUCUCUGACCAGUGUGUGGAGACGCCCUCUGGCCAGUCCUUCCUGUCAUGGCUGGGCUUCUCCCCCACAGACCCAAACAGCAGCUACUCAGGCAACGACCUGGACGAGAUGGGCCAGGACAGUAUCCGCAAGACAGACGAGUACCUGGAGAAGGCCCUGGAGUACCUGCGCCAGAUAUUCCGACUUAGUGAAGCCCAGCUGGCCCAGCUCACACUCGCCCUGGGGACCACUCAGGAUGAAAAUGGGAAGAAGCAGCUCCCAGACUGCAUCGUGGGGGAGGACGGGCUCAUCCUCACAGCCCUGGGCCGCUACCAGAUCAUCAAUGGGCUGCGGAGGUUUGAAAUUGAAUAUCAGGGGGAUUUAGAGCUGCAGCCCAUUCGGAGCUACGAGAACGCCACUCUGGUCCGAGCGCUUUUCCGGCUGUCAUCUGCCAUCAAUUGCAGGUUUGCAGACCAGAUGGUUGCUCUGUGUUCUCGGGAUGACUUCCUUGGCAGCUUCUGUCGCUACCACCUCAUCGAGCCUACACUGGCCAACAGGCACCUGCUGAGCCCUGUGGGGCGGAGGCAGGCAGCCAGCCAGGCCCGGGGACCCCGGCUCAGCCUGCGCUUCCUGGGCAGCUACCGGACACUGCUCUCGUUCUUCCUGGCCUUCGUCAUGGGCUCUCUGUUGAGCAUCAGACCCCUGCCCUGCGCUCUGCUUCUUGUCCUGGGCUACCUCCUCUAUGCCAUGGCCAUGACACUGCUGACGGAACGGGGAAAGCUUCACCAGCCUUGACAGGGUGGCCGUUGUCUCCAGAGCAGCCUGCUGGCAUUUGCUGCACCAGGCCCGAGAGGCCCUGGCAGGCUGCUUCUAAGCCAGAGUGCGGUCAUCUUUGGAUUUCUGCAUACUAUUUUCCUGUGACCAUGGAAUCUUCCAGAAGAAACUGAAAUGAGAAGGGAGACAGGGAAGGGGCAGGGUCGGAGGGCUCUUGAGCCACACUGUGCCAACCAGAGCUGGCCGCAGCCACUCACUGUGCCAGCCCAAGACCCUAUAAGCAACUGAGCUAGUCUUGGAGGCCUCUGUAACAUUGGAAGAUUUUGCCAUGUGAAGCUCAGGCUGCUGUGUCCGCAGCAGCUCCAGGCCUGGACUCUCCCCUGUGGUUGUCCUUGAAGUGGGCAGAGUAAGUUGUGACAUCUGCCCCCAUGAGAUUCCCCAGUAGCAGCUUAGCCUCCCCCCAGGCAAGAAUCAGUUUCUAAAAGAAAUUCCUGAAAAACUAGAUAAUGGCUCUCCUGAUUCACUUUAAAGCCAAGGUUUGCUAUCACGUUUGGCAAAGGAAGACUGGUUCUCUUUUAUGUUCUCCCGGCAAGUCCAAAGCUGGGCCGAAGGUGCCACUUUAGAAUUCCAUGGAGACCCUCUCGGAGCACAGCACCCUACUUUACCUCUGGCCCCCAAGCCUCUGCAGUCCUGUACCAUGAGCAAGCGCUGGUUGUCAGCAGGCUGUAGCAGAGUCCUGCUGUCUUCUGUCUGCAACCAAAGUGGGCAAAAGCAGUGUUCGCUUCUCCAUAAACCAAGUACUCGGAGACAGUAACACUUUUUAAUAAGCUUUUUGAUAAUCUGGUGUAUGACAGCUACACAUUCAUUGUCAAAAAUAAAUCACAGUCUCACCUUUGUCCAGCAGACGAUGUACCACCACAGCAGUGUCUUGGUGGUGAUUUUAAACCAAGCCUUUGUUUUUGGCGUGUGGGGGAUUUUUUUUUUAAAAGAAUAGGGACCGGGGAUUUAGCUCAGCAGCACAGCGCCUGCCCGGCAAGCACAAAGUACUGAGUUUGAUUCCCGGUACCAAAGGAAAAAAACAUGUUUUCAAAUUGUAAAUGUUGAGCCUUGUGUUUUGAUGUAAUCUCAGGAUACAUUUUGGAGCCCAUGAUCAAAAAUGAAACUGAAAACUAACUUAACCAUGGAUCUGAAUAAACCGAUGGUUGAUUCUG